AUGAGUUCGAGAGCGAGAUAUCCGCCGCCGGGGAUGGGAGGCGGCCGAGGCGGCGGUAGUGGGGGAAUGAACAUGAAUACUGGACCAAAUUAUGGGUUUCAGCCAAGAAAUCCUACUCAUCAGUACGUGCAGAGGAGUCCUGCGCCGAAUAAUCAGGCAUUUCAGAACCCGCAGCCACAGCAGUUGAUUCGAAGGACUCAGCUUCCGUCGCCGGCCGAUACGGCAGGCAAUGAGGUCGAAAGGGCCAUGCAUUCGGAAGCUAUAGAUUCAAGUUCACAAGAUUGGAAGGCACAAUUAAAGCUGCCACCAUCUGAUACCCGUUACAGAACAGAGGAUGUAACAGCUACUAAAGGAAAUGAAUUUGAAGACUACUUUUUGAAGCGCGAGCUGCUUAUGGGAAUAUAUGAGAAGGGAUUUGAGAGACCUUCUCCAAUUCAGGAGGAGAGUAUUCCAAUUGCUCUCACUGGAAGUGAUAUCUUGGCUAGAGCAAAAAAUGGAACUGGGAAAACCGCUGCCUUUUGCAUUCCUGCCCUGGAGAAAAUUGAUCAAGAUAACAAUGUUAUUCAAGUUGUUAUUCUUGUCCCAACGCGAGAAUUAGCCCUCCAGACGUCACAAGUUUGCAAAGAGCUUGGGAAGCAUCUAAAAGUUCAAGUCAUGGUUACCACAGGUGGAACUAGCUUAAGAGAUGACAUAAUGCGUUUGUAUCAACCAGUUCACUUGCUUGUUGGAACUCCAGGGAGAAUCCUUGAUCUUGCUAAAAAGGGUGUGUGCGUUUUGAAAGAUUGCUCUAUGCUUGUGAUGGAUGAGGCUGAUAAGCUUUUGUCACCGGAGUUCCAACCUUCCAUCGAGCAAUUAAUUAGUUUUCUGCCUUCAAACCGUCAGAUCUUAAUGUUCUCUGCUACAUUUCCUGUCACGGUGAAAGACUUCAAAGAUAGAUACCUGCGGAAGCCUUAUGUCAUCAACCUUAUGGAUGAGCUAACUCUCAAGGGUAUAACACAGUAUUAUGCAUUUGUUGAAGAAAGACAGAAAGUUCACUGCCUCAAUACUCUCUUUUCAAAGCUUCAAAUAAACCAAUCUAUUAUUUUCUGCAAUUCUGUGAAUCGAGUAGAACUUCUUGCCAAGAAAAUCACAGAGCUUGGUUAUUCUUGUUUCUAUAUUCACGCUAAGAUGCUUCAAGAUCAUCGCAACAGAGUUUUUCAUGACUUCCGCAAUGGUGCCUGUAGGAAUCUUGUUUGCACGGAUCUAUUCACGAGAGGUAUAGAUAUCCAAGCAGUCAAUGUCGUUAUCAAUUUUGAUUUUCCAAAGAACUCAGAGACAUAUUUACACAGGGUUGGACGAUCUGGAAGGUUUGGACAUCUUGGGUUAGCUGUGAAUUUGAUAACCUAUGAAGACCGCUUCAAUUUGUAUAGGAUUGAACAAGAACUUGGAACAGAGAUAAAGCAGAUCCCUCCACAUAUAGAUCAGGCUAUAUACUGUCGUUAA